GCUGUUUAUUUCCGGUGAAAGGCGGAAGUGGCAUCAAGGGUUUUGUGGAGAGUCUCAACAUCGUCGCUGCCAUGGGAGCUCACCUGGUCAGACGGUACAUCACCGAGUCGGACACCGAGCCGGACCCGAAGAGGAAAUACGAGUUCGACCCUCACUUUGGGUUCCCGGAGAGGAACGAGCGAGAGAUGGUAGCUAGCCAGGAGCAGAUGAACUUGGCCCAGCUGCCUUUGGAGCAGAGGGACUACUGUGCCCAGCACCUCCUGAAGUUCAUGAAGUGCAAGAGGGACAACUGGCCCAACUUCCUGUCCUGCAAGCAUGAGAGACACGACUGGGACUUCUGCGAACACCAGGACUACGUGAUGCGUAUGAAGGAGUACGAGAGAGAGAGGAGGCUCCAGCUGAGGAAAAAGAGAAUUGAGAAUCAGGCUGAAGCUGCAUAAUCGUUGCAUCCUCUGAUAUGACUUCUCUGUAUAUAUGUGCUGCUGUUCACAUUAAACAAUAUUGUUUAAGCUCUA